UUCUUAUUGUUAAAAAAAUGAUUUACGGAAAAUGUAAAUACAGUUAAAUAAAGAUAACCAUUUACCUUUAUGUGUUUAGUGGUGGUCAAAAAGUUAAAUUUAUAUCACAAAUAAAAUGACUGGUUUCUAUUUGCUUUAGUUAAGCUACUGCUAUGUACAAACUUAGAAAUAUCCAUUGCUGUUUGUAUUGUUUAUAUUAGUGCAGUUACAGAAGAAUAAGGUCCUAAGAUAAGCUGGCAUCCUACGAAAGAUCAACCUUUUUUAAAUGCAUGUUUUAACUCACAGGAAUAGACGCUCAAAUGGCUGCCAGAAAUAGUAAUAAUAUAUAUGUACAAAAGACCUUCAACGUUGUAGUCACUAUUGAAAUUUCUAAUAUCGAAAAAGUUGCAAUUACGGGUGGAUGUGAAGAACUUGGAAAUUGGAUUCCAAAAUAUGCUGUUCUGCUGGAUCAAGUAGAAGGUACUAACAGCUGGAAGAAGACAAUUGGGUUCCAACAAGGUCGUAUAUUUGAGUAUCGCUAUUUUAUAUGUGCUACCAACUCAGUAAGCGAUGAAGUAAUUAUUCGAAAGUGGGAAACACACUUACAAGCUAGAAAUGUGAAUUUUGGAGAAGAAGCUACUAUUUUUAAUGAUAUCUUUGGAUAUGUAAAUGGGGUUGAAAAAAUCGACCGUGGUUGGCUAACAUUUGAAACUCUUAUACAAUUUAAUUUUUUUAACGCUCCCUUUGAAUGGAAGAGAUCAAUUAAGAAACGUUUAAUUUAUGUUAAAGUUACUUCUACGAACCUAAGCAUUUAUGGCGAUAAUCAUCAUAACUUUUCCGUUACAUCACUAGAAGACACAAUUUCAAAUGACGCAAGAGAAAAUUACGCCGAUGCACAUACUUUUGGGUUUUCUGAAGUAACGAAGCUAAAAUACAAUCAAAGUGUGAUACAAUGUCAAAAUCAGUUUGGAAUUUCUUGUGGAGAUGAGGAUUUAGUUAUUUUUCAUAUGUCUGUAGCGGACCCUAAAACCACUGCCUACUUAGUUGACUUAUACGGGUUUAGAUCAAAGGCUUCCGAAGACGAACCACCUACUCACAUAGGUUACAAUUAUGUUCUUCCCAAUCUAUUAAAGGGAUCUGAAGGGAGCUUAGAAAUUCCGAUAACAUGUGCAGUUAAACAUCGUCCGCUUGGAAUGAUGCAAAUCGGCUAUGUAAUCAUCAAACCAUUCCCAUCAUAUAACUUUGAUAUGAGAGUGUCUUUUCAAAGGCAUUGGAAUCGAAAGUGGACGGGAUUAGAUGUUGGUCAUCGUGGCUCUGGAAACAGUUUUAAAUCAAAAGAUUCUGCCAUAAGAGAAAACACAAUUACUUCUCUCAAAAAUGCUGCUGCUCAUGGUGCAGAUAUGGUUGAGUUUGAUGUUCAAUUGAGUAAAGAUCUUGUGCCUGUAAUUUAUCACGAUUUUAUGGUGUUUGUGUCCUUGAAGUCAAAAAUUUGUGUUCAAGACGAUGAAUAUUUAGAAAUUCCAAUGCGGGAAUUGUCCUUGGAGCAAUUAAACACAUUAAAAGUCUAUCACGUAGAAGAAGGGCGAUCUCGAAAAGAACGUUAUUUUGACAAUGACGAGCUUCAAGAACAUCAACCCUUUCCACAACUAUCUGAUGCUUUGAAUGAAAUAGAUCCAAACGUCGGGUUUAAUAUCGAAAUCAAAUGGUCCCAAAAACUAGAUGAUGGCAAAAUGGAACAGGAACUCGAACACGUUCUAGAUAAAAACUUAUAUGUGGACUGUAUUCUUGAUGUAGUGUUACACAAAGCAGGUGGUCGAAGAAUAGUGUUCUCAUGCUUUGAUCCUGAUAUUUGUGCUAUGAUAAGAUUUAAACAGAAUUUGUAUCCAGUAAUGUUUUUAACAAUUGGGGUAACUACGAAAUAUAGAAAAUUUCUAGAUCCUCGGGGCAACACUAUUGAAUCCGCCGUAUGUAAUUCUCUUGCAAUGGAGUUUUUGGGUAUUGUUGCUAAUACUGAAGAUCUUUUAAGGGACCCAAGUCAAAUUAAUCUUGCAAAAGAUAGAGGCUUGGUUGUGUUUUGUUGGGGAGAAGACAAUAAUAGUAAGGAAACCAUUCAAUUAUUGAAAAACAUGGGGCUUCAUGCAAUAAUAUAUGAUAAAAUGGAUAUUCUUUCCACCAAAGAAAAUAAACAAAGCGUAUUUCUAGCACAAGCUAAGGAAAACCAGAAUUAAUUGUUUAAGCAGUGUUAAGAAAGACCAUCAGAAUUGACAGGAAAAAAAAAUGUGUUGGGAAAGAAGAAAGACACCCUAUAGCCAGUAACAUAUCAGUUGAUCACUUGAUUCAUUGACUUCAAAUUCAUUUAGUGACUUCUCGUUUACUAUUAUAUCUGCAUACAAAUUAAAAAUGUUUUAAACAUCAAUGUAAUUUAUAUAAAUAAAUGUGUUUUGACUAUUCUAUUAUAUUA